GGUGAAGAAUCUUCAUGUCUUUGAACUGCAGGGAACUCAUGUUGUUGUAUCUUCAUCAAGUGACGGUUAUAUUAAGAUAUGGAAAAGGUCCAGACUUCUCCAUCAUUGCUUACUUGUCUCUCAGCUUGGCUUCCCAGUGGCAUAGACUAUAAGGAAAAAAGCAACACAACUGUCACUGCUUCAGCUGUGAAAGACUGUGACAGGCCAAAGAAGAAAAAGGCCCAAAAUGAAACAACGGAUAAGGAAGCAAGUGAAACCCAAGUUGUACAUAAAAAGAGGAAAACUGAAAUUAAACAGAAAAAGAAACCAGUUAAAUAACUCAAUUUCUGUAUUCAUUUAAUACAUUUAUUCUCUGUACAUGUUUAUUCUCUUAAUUAAAUAGUUGAAAAGUUAAGGGAUAGUAAUUUAUUUUUUAAUAUGCAAUAACAUGCUAAUGCAAUAUCAUUAUUUGAAUACUAAAUAUCUGCUUUUGGUAUCACUAAAGGUAUAUCCUACUCUCUUUUUUGUUAUGCAGCACACCCUUUUCAUGCACACACCAAAACAAGCUAAUUAAGAAAUGUGCAACAGGCCCUAUGGAGCUUGAAAUGUUUUCUGCUGUUUAACCAUUGGGCCAGACCUACUUGUCAUUUUACUCCUCCUCAGGACACCACAGCAAAACAACCCUUUCCACAUUUUACCCCUUUAAACUUCCCAUCGCUUAUGCAAUCGUGGCACCUGGUCAAGGUUAUUACUGUUUCAUUCACUUGAGAAAAAUGUUAUUCAUGCUCCAUUAAUUUAUUAGUCAUCUAGUUCAACAGCUGAAAUGCAGUGGCUGUAUUUAAUAAAAUUGAUGUUUUAUAUUU